AGCUCACCCCGCCGACGCCCUUCAGGUAAGGCGAGGGGCGUGUAUGUGCCAAUAAGGUGGCCAGGUAUGCAAGGGGUGGGGCUGCAAGAGAAUCUCUCCAGUUAUUAAGCUGGGGCGCUGCGCACCUGCACCUUCGCUUUCUUCUGCGCUUUGCGGAUCAAGAGCUGCCGGCUAAGCCACCAUGAGCCUCGGUUACCACCGCCCCGGGAGCCUGAGCUUCAGCAGCCGCUCGCAGGGCUCUCUUUCCAAUCGGAGCUCUUUGUACCGGGCCAGUCCGGGAGGCUUCCAACCGGGUUUCCUCCGGGCGUCCUCCGGGGUCUUUCCUGGCUCCCCCCUUUCCGCUUCGCCCUCUUUCCUUCUCUCCUCGCUGCCCAGCCUAGAGAUCGACCCCAAAGUCCACCAGAUCCGAACGGAGGAGAAGGAACAGAUCAAAGGGCUCAACAACCAGUUCGCUUCUUUCAUCGACAAGGUGCGUAAACUAGAGCAGCAAAACAAAGUGCUGGAGACACAGCUGAAGCUCCUGAAGGGCAGAGACCAGUACAAAUCUAACGUGGGGCGCAUCAUGGCAGCCCACAGCCAACCCCUGAAGCAGCAGAUCGAUGCACUGAAUCAGGACAAGAUGAAGCUGCAAAAUGAGCUAGAGCACACACAGGCUUAUCUGGAGGAACUGAAGAGCAGGUAUGAAGAUGAGAUCAACCGGCGGAACCAACUGGAAAAUGAAUUCGUGGUGACCAAGAAGGACCUGGAUGAUAUCUACUUGCAGAAAGUGGACAUAGAGUCCAAGCUUGAGAGCAUCUCCAAUGAAAUUAAGUACCUUAAGCAGCUGUUUAAUGAGGAAAUCCAGGGGUUACAGUCUCAGAUACAAAACACAAUGGUAACUGUGGAGAUGGAUAACAACCGGGAGUUGGAGAUGAAGCAUGUAAUUGAUGAGGUGAAGGCACAAUACCAGGUCAUGGCUGCCAAAAGCCGGGAUGAGGCUGAGCAAUGGUACAAAAACAAGAUUGAUGACAUGGCUCGUCGGUCUCAGAAGCACUAUGAUGAGCUGAAAGGCAUCAAGGGGGAGAUUGCUGAACUAACUCGCUAUGCCCAACGUGUUAAUGGGGAAAUUGAAGCCUUGAAGAACCAGCGAACUAGUCUGGAGAAUGCUGUGACACAGGCUGAAGAGCAAGGGGAGCAAGCUCUGCAGAGUGCUAAGGGCACUAUCCAAGACCUGGAGGAGGCACUGAAACGUGCCAAGCAAGACAUGGCCUGCAAAGCGAGAGAAUACCAAGAGCUGAUGAACAUCAAGCUGGCCCUUGAUAUUGAAAUUGCCACCUACAGAAAAUUGCUGGAAGGAGAGGAGAACCGGAUGGUUAGCCAGACUCCGAGUCUUCAACUCAGUGCUAUUGACAAGCUAGAUUUCUAAACUCAUCCAUUACUUAUGCAGCUGGGCUCCUGACACAACCUUCCUACAGCAAGGUCACUGGGAAUACCAACAACACUUCACUGAAGAGACCCUUGCUGAUCAAAACUAUUGAGACCAAGAAUGGGAAGAUCCUUUCAGAGGCCAGUCACUUCUCGGAGAAGUAGCAGAGCCAGCAAAGGGGCAGUUGACUGGAGUGUUCAAAAUAAAUAAUUAUUAUAAAGCUUCUAA